UAAAGUUUAGCACGGUGUUCCCAAACACCCCCUUAUAUAUAGGCAGGGGAAGCAGCAGGUUGCCAUGCCAAGGAUGGAUGGGUGGUAGUUACAGGUUGCAUUGCAUUGGGAGGAAGAAACAGAGGGGGAUCCCCCACCGCGCGCGGCCCCCUUGCCACCAACAUACAAGACCCACGAUCACAAGGAGGCAGGCUGGCAUGCCGUUGCCAAGAGGAGGGGAGGUGGAUCGUCGGAGCGGCGGCGGCGGCGGCGAUGGGGACGGCGAUGAGGAGGCGUGGCGUCGGUGGGCGGUGCUGGUGGCGACGGUGUGGAUCCAGGCGGUGACGGGGACCAACUUGGACUUCUCGGCCUACUCGUCGGCGCUCAAGUCGUCGCUGGGCAUCUCGCAGGGGGCGCUCAACUACCUCGCGACGGCCUCCGACCUGGGCAAGGCCCUGGGGUGGUCGUCGGGCCUUGCGCUGCUGUACAUGCCGCUCCACGGCGUGCUGCUCGUCUCCGCCGCGCUGGGGCUCGCCGCCUACGCCGUGCAGUACUGCUGCCUCGUCUUCCUCAACCCGUCCUCCCUCGCCGUCCGCUACCCUCUGGUGUUCUUGGUCUGCUUGGUAGCAGGGUGCAGCAUCUGCUGGUUCAACACAGUCUGCUUUGUUCUCUGCAUACGCAGCUUCUCUGCAAGCAACCGGCCCCUGGCCCUCUCCCUCUCAAUAAGCUUCAAUGGGCUCAGCGCCGCCUUCUACACCCUCUUUGCAAAUGCCUUCUCCCCCACCUCCCCAUCUGUCUACCUCCUCCUCAAUGCCAUCCUCCCUCUUGCCGCCUCUAUUCUUGCGCUCCCGGCGAUACUCCUCUGCCACACACACGACAACCACCUCCAAAGCGUGCCCAGGUAUGAUAGGCGCGUCUUCCUCGGCCUCUACAUCCUUGCAUUCAUCACCGGCAUAUAUCUCGUGGUUUUUGGAUCUUUAAACACAACCAGAUCCGCUGCUGCGUGGGUCAUCCUCACAGGCGCCAUGGUCCUCCUUGCCCUUCCUCUCAUCAUCCCUGCCUGCUCCAGUUGCUCAUAUGUGGAUACGCACAGCAUUGACUCUGCAUCUCACAAUGAUGACCCACAUAAGCCCCUCCUAGUCGGUAACCAUCUUCAGAAUGAAUCCAAUGCCGUCAUGGAAAAAGCAAUGGAGCAGCAGUUGCAGGGCAGUAGUUGCGGAACAAUACUGGAUAAGGGCCGCCUGGUGGUACUCGGUGAAGAACAUAGUGCAAAGAGGCUCAUUGGGUGUGUGGACUUCUGGCUCUACUACACAGCCUACUUCUGUGGAGCCACUGUUGGCCUGGUAUACAGCAACAACUUGGGCCAGAUUGCGCAGUCAUUGCACCAGCAGUCACAGCUCACCAUGCUACUUGCUGUCUACUCAUCCUUCUCCUUCUUUGGUCGUCUUCUCUCUGCGCUCCCCGACUUCCUUCACAGGAAGGUGUCACUUGCUCGGACAGGGUGGCUUGCUGCCGCGUUGGUGCCCAUGCCAAUGGCCUUUUUCCUUAUGCGGAAACAACAGGAUGGAAGCACUCUGGCAGUAGGAACAGCACUAAUUGGCCUAAGCUCAGGGUUCAUCUUCGCUGCAGCAGUGUCGGUGACCUCCGAGCUCUUUGGACCAAAUAGCAUUGGUGUGAAUCACAACAUCCUAAUCACCAAUAUCCCGCUGGGCUCACUCCUCUAUGGCCAGAUUGCUGCCCUGGUAUACGAUGCAAAUGGCCAAAGGAUGAGAGUAAUGGAUAACCACACUGGCAUGAUUGAUACCAUGAUUGUUUGCAUGGGGGUGAAAUGCUACUCAACCACCUUCUUCGUGUGGGGUUGCAUCACAUUGCUGGGGUUAGCAUCAAGCAUAGUUCUAUUCAUAAGAACAAAACCAGUUUAUGCCAGCACUGCUAGUCGAUCAAGUUGUGAACACCUUCACCAAGUUUCCAGGUUGGAUGCUGAGCAGAGGGGAAAUGAGGGGAGCGACAGGCGUACAGAAGCCGGUUUGGAUCAUGAAGAGCUCCAUGGCGGCGCCUAUGGAGGCCCCGACCGCCGCGAUCUUCAGCCGGUCGUCACGGACGUCGUCGAGGAGGAGGCACCAAGGGGCCCGGAGACUCAGAGGGAGGAUGACGAAGAGGCGGAGGCCGGCUCGCUGCGUGGGGCGCUGGGGUGGCUCAGGCUUGACGGGGUUGCGGCGGACAUCAUCAGCAUCGCCGUGCCCGCCGUGCUCGCGCUCGCCGCCGACCCAAUCACGGCGCUCGUCGACACCGCCUUCGUGGGCCAUAUUGGCUCGGCUGAACUUGCGGCUGUUGGUGCAUCUGCUUCCGUAUUCAAUCUGGUAUCCAAGCUUUUCAAUGUGCCAUUGCUUAAUGUCACCACAUCUUUUGUUGCUGAGCAGCAGGCUGUCGAUGCCAAUAGUUCUAGUAUCACAGGACAAAGAGAUGAAUUUUUGACGCCACAAAAGAAGGCAAGCCAACAAAAGAAGGUUCUUCCGGCGGUUUCGACAUCCUUGGCUCUAGCUGCUGGCAUUGGAUUGUUGGAGAUGGUGGCACUGAUUGUUGGAUCUGGGACACUGAUGAACAUCAUUGGUAUACCCGUCGAUUCACCAAUGCGAGCACCAGCAGAACAAUUUCUUACGUUGAGGGCAUAUGGUGCUCCACCAAUUAUAGUGGCACUUGCAGCUCAGGGUGCAUUUCGUGGAUUCCUGGAUACAAAGACACCAUUGUAUGCUGUGGGUGCUGGCAACCUAUUAAAUGCAAUACUGGAUGCUGUACUUAUUUUCCCACUUGGUCUAGGAGUAAGCGGCGCUGCCUUGGCGACAGUGUCCUCUGAGUAUUUGACUGCAUUCAUCCUCCUUUGGAAGCUGAAUAACGAAGUAGACCUGUUUUCAUGGAAUAUCAUUGGAGAUGGAGUAAUUCGUUACCUGAAAUCUGGUGGAUUGCUAAUUGGUAGAACAAUUGCAGUACUCCUGACACUGACACUAUCUACAUCCCUGGCUGCAAGGGAAGGGCCUGUUCCAAUGGCUGGCUAUGAGAUAUGCUUGCAAGUGUGGUUAACAAUUUCUCUGCUGAAUGAUGCUCUAGCCCUUGCUGGUCAGGCUCUACUUGCUAGCGAAUAUGCGAGAGGGAACUACAAGCAAGCCCGCAUGGUUGUAUACAGAAUCCUGCAGGUUGGAGGUGUGACUGGUGUUGUGCUUGCUGCUACCUUAUUUGUUGGGUUUGGAUCUUUGUCCUUGCUGUUUACAGAUGAUCCUGCAGUUUUGGACGUUGCCCAAUCUGGAGUUUGGUUUGUCACUAUUUCUCAGCCGGUAAAUGCUAUUGCAUUUGUGGCCGAUGGGCUCUACUAUGGUGUUUCUGACUUUGCCUAUGCUGCAUACUCCACGUUUUUUGCGGGGGCUGUCUCAUCAGUAUUCGUACUUAUUGCUGCUCCUAACUUUGGUCUUGGUGGCAUCUGGGCUGGUCUUACUCUAUUUAUGAGUUUGAGAGCAAUUGCUGGUUUCUGGAGGUUAGGGAGCAAAGGUGGACCUUGGGAAAUAAUCUGGUCAGAGAGUGAGUAAAGCACAGAUAUGACCAUGUAUAUUCAGUUGAUCUCAUACUGUCAAGUAAAAGGGGGAACUGUAGCUGGUUGCAGCCUGCAGGCCAUAUAGAAGACCUUUUGUAACAUUUAACAAGGUAGCUGAUGUAGCUCUGUGGAAGUAUGUACACAGUAGACAUGUAUUUGGUGUUGGCUUGCUGGGCUCUCGUGUUAUGCCUGGUGGAGGCAUUAACAGCUUUUCACGUGUUUACCAUGUGCAACAAAACUGUGUUCCAAUAGAAGAAGGCGCCCUUCCUGUAAAUUUCGUUUCUGGAAAUCCUGCAUGUAAAUGAAUUGUAAAACAUUCUUGGGAUAGGGAUCUGGUAAACAUUUUUGGCAUACUCGGCGAUCGUCUGAAAUAGAAUAAUCUGAGUUGCUAGUUGUAUAACUGUGCUGUGCAAGUGCAGCAGCAUCGGAUAUUGCAAAUUUGCUAAGAUUUGAUUAAA